AUGGAUGUUGUUCAGGCAGUGACGGGUUAUAUCUCGAAGAUGGUGUCCGCUGGGGAUAGCGCAUCCGGGACACCAUCGGCGAAGAUGAAGAUCUUGCUGUUGGACAGCGAAACCGUCAACAUUGCGUCCACUGCGAUUACCCAGUCAGCACUACUAAACCACGAAGUGUACCUUAUUGACAGGUUAGAAAAUCAAAAUCGAGAGAAAAUGCGACAUCUACGAUGCUUGUGUUUUGUCCGACCCUCCGCCGAAUCCAUACAAUAUCUCAUCGAUGAGUUACGUGAUCCCAAAUACGGCGAAUACAACCUCUACUUUAGCAAUGUGGUGAAGAAAUCUUCGCUCGAACGGCUUGCGGAAGCGGAUGACCACGAGGUUGUUAAGGCAGUCCAGGAGCACUUUGCAGACUACAUUGUGAUCAACCCAGACUUGUUUACGCUGGAUCUGACUAUACCAAAACGAAUAUGGAGCGGGAGCCCGGAUAUGUGGAACGCGGAUGCAUUGCAAAGGAGCACCGACGGAAUUGUUGGACUUCUACUUUCUUUGAAAAAGAAGCCGCUAAUACGAUAUCAAAAGAACAGUUUUCUGGCGAAAAAGCUUGCGACGGAAGUGCGAUACCUUGUUAGCCAGGAAGAGCAACUCUUCGACUUCCGAAAGGUCGAUACACCGCCGAUAUUACUUGUACUAGAUCGCAGGGACGAUCCAAUCACGCCGUUACUCUCACAAUGGACAUACCAAGCGAUGGUGCAUGAGCUCUUGGGCAUUAAUAACGGCCGCGUGGACCUUCAUAAUGUUCCUGACAUUAGGCCGGAAUUGAAAGAAGUUGUUCUCUCCCAGGAUCAAGACCCGUUUUUCAAAAAGAACAUGUUUCUGAAUUUUGGCGACCUUGGGGGGAAUAUUAAGGACUACGUCGAACAAUACCAGUCAAAAACAAAGAGCAGCUCAAACAUCGAGUCGAUUGCCGACAUGAAGCGCUUCAUUGAAGAAUAUCCCGAGUUCCGGAAGUUAUCUGGGAAUGUUAGCAAACAUGUGACUAUUGUUGGCGAGUUGAGUCGAAAAGUAGGAGCGGAGAAUCUCUUGGAAGUCAGUGAGGUCGAGCAGAGUUUGGCAUGUAAUGAUAACCAUGCAGCAGACCUGAAGAAUGUACAGCGGCUAUUACAAUCGCCUUCCGUAACUGCCGAAGGAAAGGUGAGGCUGGUUGCUCUGUACGCAUUGCGCCAUCAAAGGCACCCGUCCAACGCUCUGCCUCUGUUACUUGAUCUAUUGGGCGCCACAGGUAAUAUGCCACAACGGCAAAUCGACAUUGUUUCGAAGCUACUCCACUAUCAAUCCUCUCUCCAACAGGUGCAAAACGCCAGUGGUAUAACUGACAUGUUCGAGUCCGCCAAUAUCUUUUCUGGCGCUCGUGAUCGCCUCAAGGGCUUGAAGGGAGUGGAUAAUGUGUACACUCAGCACUCCCCACGACUAGAGAUAACCUUGCAAGAGCUCAUCAAGGGGAGGUUGCGAGAACAGCAGUAUCCAUUUGUAGAUGGUGGAGGCUCGACGAGGGACAAGCCUCAAGACAUCAUAGUGUUCAUGAUUGGCGGGACCACGUACGAAGAAGCAAAGUUGGUUGCUACCAUCAACGCUUCAGUGCCGGGUAUCAGGGUUGUUUUAGGUGCAACAUGUAUACAUAACAGCGUCACAUUCUUAGAGGAGGUUGAUGAUGCGGUUACGUCGUGGCCAGCUCCAGCACCUACGACAGCGGCAGCGAGGCUUCGACAAGAGACGACAAGGCGAUAG